AUGGGGGCCCAUGCCAUUGUCACUGACACCAGCAUCUUAUCUGGCCUCGAGAGCAACGCCACGGGCAUCACGGCCUUCUCCAUGCCUGCCUGGCAGCUAGCACUGUGGGCCACAGCCUACCUGGCCCUGGUGCUGGUGGCUGUCACGGGCAACGCCACAGUCAUCUGGAUCAUUCUGGCCCAUGAGAGAAUGCGUACAGUCACCAACUAUUUUAUCAUCAACCUGGCCCUGGCAGACCUCUGCAUGGCAGCCUUCAACGCCACCUUCAAUUUCGUCUAUGCCAGUCACAACAUCUGGUACUUCGGUCGCGCCUUCUGCUAUUUCCAGAACCUCUUUCCCAUCACAGCCAUAUUUGUCAGCAUCUACUCCAUGACUGCCAUCGCCGCCGACAGGUACAUGGCCAUCGUCCAUCCCUUCCAGCCACGGCUCUCAGCCCCCAGCACCAAGGCGGUUAUCGCUGGCAUCUGGCUGGUAGCCCUGGCUCUCGCCUCUCCCCAGUGCUUCUACUCCACCAUCACCGUGGACCAGGGGGCCACCAAGUGUGUGGUAGCCUGGCCCAAUGACAACGGAGACAAGAUGCUUCUUCUGUAUCAUCUGGUGGUGUUUGUCCUCAUCUACUUCCUACCCCUCGUGGUGAUGUUCGUGGCUUACAGUGUCAUCGGUCUCACACUGUGGAAACGCGCGGUACCCAGACACCAGGCGCACGGCGCCAACCUGCGCCAUCUGCAGGCCAAGAAGAAGUUUGUGAAGGCCAUGGUACUGGUGGUGCUGACAUUUGCCAUCUGCUGGCUGCCCUACCACCUCUACUUCAUCCUGGGCAGCUUCCAAGAGGACAUCUACUACCACAAGUUCAUCCAGCAUGUCUACCUGGCCCUCUUCUGGCUAGCCAUGAGCUCCACCAUGUACAAUCCCAUCAUUUACUGCUGCCUCAACCACAGGUUUCGCUCUGGAUUCAGACUUGCUUUCCGGUGCUGCCCCUGGGUGACAGCGACGGAGGAAGACCGACUGGAGCUGACUCGCACGCCAUCGCUCUCGAGAAGAGUCAACAGAUGUCACACGAAAGAGACCUUGUUCAUGGCUGCUGACGUGACCCACUCCGAGGCUACCAACGGGCAGGUUGGGAGUCCCCAAGACGGGGAAACUGCUGGACUCUGA